AGAGUUUUAACUUAUUAACACACAUGACGAAAUAACACUGGCAACGAGAUGACGAGUUGGAACGAGUAAGAAUGACUAAUGAACUAAUGCUCAGGAACGUAGUAUUUAUGGUUACUUCGUUCGUUCGGCUGGAUCUUAAAAGCUUAUCAAAAUUUCAUUUCGACUUCACUUGAUUGUCUGUUGGAUGUUGCAACGGCGAUCCAGAAGACAACUUCUAAUAAUGAGAUCGCAGCAUGAUGGCGCUAGUAGGAUCAGGCGAAAUAUGAAACGCUCAAUUUUCUGAUUCACGCGAUGCAUCUGUGCCGUCGUGUCUAACCUUCGCAAAAAGGAUCCGUAGUGGUGGUUAAAGAAAAUACGAACGGUUGACAGGUGCCACCACGAAGGGAAAAAUGGCAAAAUGUUUGCAUUACGGAUAUCUUUUAAUAUUCUUCGUGAUAAAUCUAGUGGCUGCAGAGCGAAUAAAGGAUAUGAUUUAUAUGAACUUUGAAGGAGUUGCUGCCUGUUUUCGUAGACACAAUGGAACACAUCAAUUUGGAUGUUCCUCAAGUAGAUCAGGAAGUGUUGGUGUUAUUCAUUUAGUUGAAGAUGAAGAUGACAUUAGAUGGCUUGAACACAAUGCUACUGCUGGAGAUUACACUGUGGUUCUUACAUUUUCCAUGUUCACCAGAGACAUACUACUUCAAUUGAAGAACAUGAAUAACAUAAAUGGAGUUCUGUUGGCUAAAAAUAGUAGUCAACCACUUCCUGAAUUUUAUUCUCCUGAAGAUACUUGCCCCAACAGAUAUUCAGGAUACAAACAGUGCAAUGAUGAUGUUCUUGUGGAUUGGAAUCCCCAUGGAUCCUCAUUGCUUAUGGAAGAUUGGCCUUUCCCCAUGUUUUAUACAGAGAAUCAAACAUUGGUAGAAGCUGUAAGAUCCUGUUUUUUAAAACACAAUGCGCAUGAUAUAGAGAAUCAACAGCAUAGACCAUUGUGUGCAUUAGAAAUGAAAUCGUUCAUGUUUGCCGCAAUUAAUUCUGAAUCUUGCAUUAAACGUAGUGAUUUUAAACUGAAUUUCAAUCCAACACAAUUCUGUGAUCCUUUGGGCGAUAGGAAUAUAUAUUGGCCUUUGGCUCCCAUAAAUCAAGAUAAAAAUUCUGUUAUAUUAGUAACAGCUCGAUUGGAUGCUUCUUCUUUGUUUGAUGGAAUAUCACCUGGUGCAGGGAAUGUAGUCACAGGAUUAGUGACAUUACUUGCCACCGCUUAUUAUCUGAAUACGUUAGCUAAAGAUGCUGUAGUGAAUAAAACUAACGUUGUUUUCUGUUUAUUAAACGGCGAAGCUUUUGAUUAUAUAGGAUCUAGUAGAUUCAUUUAUGAUUUGAAAGAAGGUAACUUCAAUGCAUUAGGUGGUGUAAAUUUAAAGUUUGAUGAUAUUAAAAGUGUGAUCGAAUUUGGUCAGCUGACUGAAGGAGAAUUGUUUCUUCAUUCUAAUAAUGCCCAGAACGACGAAGUGAUAAAAAAGAUACAAGUAGCGUUGAAUGCUAAAAUUUUGGAAGGCAGUGUACCGCCGACGUCUGUACAGAGUUUUUUAGAAGAAAGGCCAAAUUUGACUGCUGUUGUUAUAAGUGAUCAUGGCCAACAAUUUAAAAACAAAUAUUACAAUGGAAUUCUGGAUGAUGCGGAAAGUCUUAAUUUCAACAAGAGCGACGGGCUUGCAACCGCUUUGGCAAAGAUAGCAACCAGCGUCGCCGAAAUCCUUUAUGAAGAUGUAUUCGGUGCUCGGCCUUUUGUCGAUUACGAUUCUUCUCAUUUGGUUGAAUUCUACGUCUCGGAAAUGUUGAAAUGUUACUUAGAGACUGCUAAAUGCACCUUGUUUCAAGCUGCUUCAUCUCCAAACGCCAAAUUAGCAAAUCAAGUUUUGUCGUUAUACGUUGGCGUGCAUAGGGUACCAAAUACUGCCACAACAUUGACUGGACAACUUCUUGCAUUUCUGACUAGAGAAGAAGUUUCAAAUAUGACAGAAGCGAUGUGUUAUGAAAAUCAUCUUAUUUGGAUGGCCGGUAUUAAUAACACAGGUUUAUGUAUAAACUCGACUGUAAAUUACAGCACCGCCAUGAGUCCAGCAUUUAUUAUUGAUGGAUACGACAUGAAAUCGGGAAUGUAUUCAACAUGGACAGAAUCUAUAUGGCAAACGUUAAGCGUAAGGAUGUUCCUGAAACCUUCAGCAGCUACAGAACGGCUCACCAUGAUUUUAGGAAGUUCAGUGGCUGGCGUGUCAUUCAUUCUCGUAUGGUUCAUUAAUUCCCGAGCUGAUAUACUGUUUAAUUCGAGAAAUUUGUUUUAGAAGAACGAUAAACUGCUAGGGAUACGCUGCGGACCACAUAUCAAUGGCACGGUUGGAUCAUCAAGAGGACGAGGAUGUUCCAGUAACUAGCCUUUGAAUGUAUGUGUGGUACGCUCUCGGACAAUUUUUAUACCUCAAUGUUGAAAUAUAUUACGAAUUGCCACCGACAUUUAAUUCCGACGUUGUCGUGACGUGUACGAUGACUGUUUAAUCAAACUUGUGCAUCUGUUGUUAGUAUAAUGGGAACGAUCGUGCGCGUUCAUUUAAUUUGUCACGUCCCUUUCUUUGAUAUUAUCGAUAUUAUUCAUUAUAUAUGAAUCGAUAAUCAUAUACUUAUACAUAUACAUUCGAGCAUAUACAUUUUUAUAAAUGUGCGUUAUGUGUAUUCAAUGAGUCGAUGGAAUUUAUUUUUUUUUUUUUUUUAUAUUCCAUCGAAAUUGACGCGAGAGUGUUACGUCUGUAUCUCGACGUACAUAAUCAGGGUAUACUAGCACUAGAAAAGCUGUUGAAUUUUUUAUUUCACUGGAAUCCUUUUUGUACGCAACAUUUAAACGUAUACAUGUAUAUACGUAUUUUAUUUAUAUAUGUAUAAUUACAUCUAAUAUUUACAGCUAGUAUGAUCGACAUAGUACUUUCAACGGUUAUUUAAUUCCAUGCCCAUUUUUUUUUUUUUUUUUUUGUUCACAAACAUUUGAUAUAUGUAGAUGUCAUUCAUGUAUUUGAUUUGUGUUACACUCAAUCGUUAAUUAGAUCAUUUUCAUAGGUACUAAUUUUAGCAAUUGUAAUUUUAUAUUUCUCCGUUUAUUUAUUAUAGUUAUCCCAUAUUGGAAAUGAAUUGACGUUAGUGCAGGAUAUUUAAUUCGUUCAACGCGAUUCUUGCUCAUGAUACCUAAAAAUAAAUUCUAUGAAAUACUUAAACGCGAUAGUAAUAUAGCAUACAUGAUGUAAACGAAUUUCUUUGCCUCGAAAAUUCGUUUCAUAGAAAAAUUUUUAAUUGCAAUAAAGGGUUCAUUUUGAUUAAAAAGGAAUCUAAGAUUGCAUAUUGAUUAUUUCAUGUUUUCAGCAUGUUUGCAAUAUUUAUUCUUUAACUAAUAAUUAUUCGUAAUUUAAGAAAUCUAGAUUACUGGCUGUAGGAAUUAACAAAAUAAUUGAAUCGAAGGAUUCUUCUGUCAGAAGUCAGAACGAAAUUGUAGGAAAAUUUUAGCCAAAAUAUUUGUAAAUAUGUACACCGAUUGAUUGCAUUUUGUAAGGACAGUGUAAAUACAUUACAAAAGA